AUGGAAGGCAUAGAUGUUAGAGAGGACUCAUUUCCCUCAAGAUCUCGCGAAGCUUCAGGUCUCGUCAACGGAGUUGCCACCGAAGUAACAUCUACCAACUUCUCCGACAAGAUCCUCCUCACCAUCUCUCAAGAAGGCCGUCUUUCACAAUGGAUACAAGUUCCUCUGACAGGGUCCUCUGCGGGUGUAGUUGAAAUGACUCUGCCCAGCAUGAACAAGGGUCUCCUCCCAUCGACGCAUCUUACGCCCACAACACUGCUCGGCGGUGGUGGCGAGGAGCGUGAGACUCUUGGGCAGUUAUACGCAGCGCAACUCGCAAGUCAUCUAUCUCUAAGAUCACCAGAUGAUCGACGCAUUCUUGUCGUGGGCCUUGGUCUGGCCAAGACCGAUCUCGAGAGGGAAGCUUUCUUUGAUCUUCUUGAGCUUGCCCAGAAGGUGCUGUGA